AUGCUCCGCCCAGACUUUGAGCUGCGACCUUCGCACGCCGCGCUGCUCUCGCUCUGCCCCGCCACCACCCCGGCAGCGCCGGCGCGGGAGAUUAACGAGUCUGUCGCCGCCCAGCUGGGUAGCCUGACCAACUAUAGGUUUGGGUCCCUGGAUCCCUUUGAGUCUUACCCGCCGACGAGACUUCCGCGAGAGCACGUUCAGCGCCUCAUUCAUAGCUUCCUACACAAAAUCGCGUUUCAAUACUAUCCACUUGACCUCAAUGCCACUUCCAAUCCUUUCCUCGUGUCCUGGUGGCCUCUCGCCCUUGGCGACCCUGCCUUAUUCCAUGUUUCUCUACAAACGGCAUGUCUGGACGAAGAGAUGCUAGCGCGCAAGGGCUUCCAGAGUUCGGAAAUCCUCAUGGCCGACUCCGUUGCCCUCCUCCGCCGCAAAGUGUUCGAGCCGUCUUUGGCCAUACAAGACGGUACAAUGAACUCGGUCAUCACCCUAGCAGCUAUAGAGUUUGGAAAGGGGAAUACAAAGGUUAGCGAAAUGCACGUAGACGGCGCCAAGAAACUUGUCAAGAUGCGGGGAGGAAUCAACUCGAUCAGGCAGACCAGUCCCCUCACAGCGAGGAUGGUUAGUUGGGUCUCUAUGCUCAUCACAGGCCAGCCACAGUUCGAAACCCAAGACGAUAUCGGCUCCGGCGACGACGACUUUGCUCUCGGAAACGACAUCGCGCUCGACGUCUGCAACGUGUUCACCCGUCUUCGAAACGUAUUCCUACGGGCUCGACACGUCCCCCUGGAACCUGCGCGACUCCAUGAUCUCACGUGCUUCGUAGUCCACCGCCUUCUCUUCCCCGUUUCCGACGCAACGAGUAGCCCCGAGUCGCACGUUUCCAGCUGUGUUCGCUACGCCAUCGUGCUGUACAUGUUUAUCCUACAGGGACCGACCUACUUCUCGCAUGCCGUCCUGUUCAACCAAAUCGUCGACCGGUUCGCCGAGAGCCUCCGACAAACCGCGCCCACUAACGAUCACCUCGAUAUAUGGCUUCUUGCCAUCGCACUCGUAUCCUCCAACGGCACGGCCCACUACCUGUGGGUGACGGAAAAGGCCCAGCGCACAGCUUAUCAUUUCGGGAUCAGGGGCCGGUUCGAAGCUCUUGCGAGGAUUCAACGCGUUCUGUGGUUGGACAAUUCGUGGGGCGAGGACAUAUUCGGUCCCUAUUGGGAUUUUGACCAGCACGGAGGGGUCGAGUUUGGUCCCCUGAGGUACGCCCCCGGUACCAAAGCGAAUACCGGAUAUUCUUUCGAUAUUCCCUCACUCGAUGCUCACGGUCCGAAAUUCCAUCAGUCGCCGAACGCGGUCACGUAUAUGACCAACUUUUCCGCUCGUCUUGGGCCGAAACUAACCGUGCGCUAUCCGCAAAAUCUGCGAUUCAAGCAAAUGCGGUCAUCUGAAGUGCUUUGA